AUGAUCCAGGAUAUCCUUGACGGACGUAACAGUGACUGGGACAUGCGUAGCAUGGACUCCAAUGAUAACUCGCUCGACUUUGAUCAGCCAGCCAGACCAGCUACCCCAGAGGAAAAGCCAUAUAUAGACCAUCUAAACUCGCCAGGCACGCAAGAAUCCUGCAAAACGGAAUUUGACGAAAUUCCAGACGAUAUGGACGAAAUCUCCGAUAAUGCCCCCGAGGAUUCCUUAUCCUCAUGGGCGCCAACUUUUAUCUGGACCGAUGAACAGCAGAAUGCAUUACUGGAAGCCGUUCUGCAACAGCAGCUUUCCGAGUCGCGGCUCAACGGGAACAUUUCCAGCCAAGGCUGGACUAACAAUCGAUUCGAAUUCGCAUGGGAUGAGAAGAAAUGUAUAAUUCACGGUGCACCUAGUGCCUGGUAUCAACUCAUUAUGGAAAAUCCAACAAGGCAGUAUUCCGAGCUCCAGAACCGACCAGGUCCGAUAUGGUGGUACCCUCAUGCUCAACGUCUCUUCAGCGCAGGACCUCAAAGCGACCGAAGACAGAAUGUGUUUUUCGAUGACGACAAGGUCAAGAUGGAGAACAUGCCCAACAAUCUGGCCCACUCACCAAUUGCUAGUAGUUCCGCAAACCCAACAAGGCCCGUUACAAGCAAGAGGAAAAAUGGAACGAUCCCGUCGUAUGAUCAUGAAGCUCUCGCCCAUGCGGAUCCUACAUGUGCCUCAACCUCUCGGGCCGUAAAACAUCGACGCUUAUCUGAUCACAAUCGCACGGUCAAGAAGGACUGGUAUAGUGCUUCGCAAACUGUCCCGGCAAACGCCUUCGAGAAGAGGUUACAGCUGAGCCCAGUAAUAAAAACUGAAGACAGCCGACCCGAUCCUCCGAUGAACGCUGAGGAUUCGACGAAGAACGAACCGACUUUAUUCAAUCGUGUCGCCAAUGUCGUUCGCAUGGCUUUAACCUCUUCAAGCUCUAGAGCCGAGCACAAUCCAGUUGCAAGUUCUGGAUGCGCUGAGGAGAAAGCGCCAUUCACUAGCGGCUCAGAAAGCUUCACGACGCUCUUUGGGGCCCAGAAAAAUAACAAAAGGAUUCAGUCGACUGACCGUGGCAAUUUUCCCCACAUGGCUUCCUUACCCUCCGGCUCUGAGGCCAAAAAGCAACCCCGACUGUCCAAUCACGAUCUUUUCAAGAAGAACGAUGAUAGUACUUCGCUAACUACCCCGGCAAAAGCCCCCAAAAAGAUUAUACAGCCGACCCCAAUAACAAAAAGUGACGACAUCCGACGCGAUCCUCCAAUGAAAGCUGAGGACUCUGGGAAGCCCUCUGUGACCGAACGAAAGAGCGAGCCGCCUUCAUCAAAUUUGCCGGCAAACACCUCCAAGCAGACGUUCCACCGGCCCCCAUUGGUAAAUAAUGAACCCGAUUCUCCGCUAAAAGCUGAGGAGUCGACGAAGCCUGGUGUGACCGAACGAAAGAGCAAGCCGACUUCAUCAAACCGCGUUGACAAAGAAGCCGGCAUGUUGCCCUCCUCUUCAACUGCUACAGCACAGCAUCCACCAGCUGAAAGUUCUAGACGCGGAGAGAGGGCUCAGAGACCAGUUACCAACAACGCGCCAGGGAGAGAGACAGUGCGCCAGGAAGAAGACCAUCGGAGAUCAUCGAAUCCAACAAUUCGAGCUAUCGCCGUCAUGGCACCGAUGUUUUUCAACCGAGUCAGCCCUCUGGAAUACGUCCAAUUCGUCCAGGUCGUCGAAAAUCACACAAACGCCGAAAUCUUUCUGGCUCUCGCAUCUACUACUGAUCCUAUCACUUGUCGAACCUGGCUGCAGCAAAAGUUGCGCAACUUAUAA